UGCCUCCUGCGGCGCGACCACCACGUCCGACGUCCCACGCAACGACGCGUACCACCGACCCGGGGGAGAAACUACGCCCGCCGACGACGACGCUCGCGCGCGAGACGACAAAUGCGUCAGUGAUCCCGUCGUCGGAUAUAUGCCCGGAGAAGUCCGAUAUGAAUACAGACGGAAACACGUACUCCGGGAGAAGAUGACCCCACGUCGUCGCGUCUUGGCAGGAAUUCGCCGUGCUAUUUUUGCCGCCAGUGUCCUGGCGCUUAUCAUCCUAGUGCUGUCGGGCCAGGAUGGCACUAACACCCUGCAGCACGGGAAUUCGCUGGAGGACGCGAAUCUGACGCCGGAGGAGAAAAUAUUGGAGCAGAUUACGACGGCAGAAACCGAGCAACGUCUAAUAGCCAGGCGGAAAUUUCUGGCGGAAAAAUGCGCCGAGGAGGGACUUGAUCGUCCUGGCAACGACUCGCUUCACAGGCCAAACGCCUGGGAGUUUCUUGUAAAUAGGGAGUACCAUCUUAUAUGGUGCAACGUUUUCAAAGCAGCGUCUACAUCAUGGAUGUAUAACUUUAAUUUACUUGCGGGAUACAGUCCGCAAUUUCUGAAGGCCUCUAAAGCAGUACCGGUCUCGCUGGCCAGGCAGAGGUAUCCUAGGCACAGCGCGGAGGAGCUGGCUAAAUAUCUAAACGACAGCAUCAGUUUCCUGAUAGUGCGGCAUCCCUUUGAAAGAUUGCUCAGCGCUUAUCGUGACAAAUUGGAGCACAGUUUGCCGCACACAUUUCACAGCAACCUCGGAGCCCACAUAGUUUGGCACUAUAGAGCAAGGGAUCCGAAGACGAAUACAAGACAAGGUCCGAGAUACCCGCUCUUCGAGGAAUUUGUGCGAUGGCUGUUAUGCCAAUGGAGAGCGGGAAACGAUCUCGACAUGCAUUGGACACCAGUUGUGAACUUCUGCACGCCCUGCCAAGUACGGUUCGACGUGAUAGCUAAAUUCGAGACGCUGCAUGACGACCAAGAUUAUCUUAUAAAGCAAGCUCAUGUGGGACACAUCAUCAAACCUGAGUGGAAAAAUCCUACUAAGGGCGUACAGACGAAGGACGUUAUAAAAAAUUAUUUCACGCAAUUAUCCAAAACGCAAAUCGACGAGCUCUACGAGAUGUUCAGAUAUGACUUCGUAUUGUUCGAUUAUUCACCCGAAGAAUAUUUAGCAUUCGGUAAAGAUGAAAUCACCACACUGACGUGUAAAAAGUGAUCUUCGAUGCUUAAAAAAAUGCUGUGAGAUGAAAUGACGUGCAACACACAACGAAAUCGUAGAUAGCGCUUAAAUAAAUUUGGAAGGAUAGGAAGUAUGAUAUUGAAUAUGUAUAUAGUGAUGAUGAAACGCAUUUCUAAUACGGGACUUAGAAAAAAAAAGGAAGGAUAUGUCCUGGUUUUGUAAUUUACAUAUAAACUGCGUUGUCAUACUGAACUUUUUGAUAGUGCAUACGUUAAAGUUUAUCGAAUUGUUGUACUGAAAAUAUAUCAGAGAAAUGGAAAUUUAGGUGGUAAAUAACAAUGACGUAACGUCUUGCAAAUAUGAAGUGCAGUUUGUUGCUUGCGUACUUAAAUUGUUAAGAUAAAUUUUUACAAAUUUACAGUUGUCAACAUAGAGAAAACUUUAUCUAUAUCCAAUCGUUCAAAAUUAUCACUUUCAAUUAUCUUCCGUUUUAAUAAUGUAUAAUAGAUUGAGUUAGAUUCUAUUAGUAUUAAAAAAUUGCUCUAAAGCCUUUCUAAAUAGAAAUGUAAUAAGAUUGACUUAAAAAAAGUCUAGAUAGAUUGAAAAAAAUUUUAGUACGGGACAGACACAUACAAAGAUUAAAAGAAAUUCGUGAUAGUUUGAGUUUUGCAUAAAGCAAUAAGAGUAUGUAACUAACGCUACCGAGUUGUUCCCUCUCCCCUCUCCAGUAACUGCACAAUAAUCUUUGUAAGCAUAAACGUAGUACCACUAUAAUACGAUGGUAUUAGUACUGCCUCAAGGAAACAUGGUGCAAAAUAUUAAGGUAACUAACUUAUCACACGACAUCACUUUAAGAUGCAAAACAUUUUGUAGGGUUGCUUUAAGAAAUAAAAAAAAACGUAAUUUCCGAGUAAGACAUUUUGAAUCAAUCAGCAGCAUAUUUGUAUACGCUACAUGGUAGAAAUCAAUUAAAAUAAUUGAUCAUCUUUAAAGUUUUAAGUCUCAAGUGAAAUAUUUGUCUGCGUGAUCGCAGAACUCAACAAUUAAAUUUGAACAGCAAAAAUGUCUCAACGUUACGAAUUUCUAUACUUGCAAAAUAAAAUACAUUGUUGAAUAAAGGUCAUUUGUACGAUA